AUGGUUAAAUUUUCAUUUGGACGCGAUUGUGAUCCGUGUAAAUGUCAAUACGAUAACAAUUAUAAGGGAUAUACCAUGAAAUGUAUGGGAGAUUCAGACAUAGAUUUGGCAAAAGUAUUUGAGACCUACACUAAGAAUCUGACAGAAACUCAAAAACAUUUCAAAAUGUUUUACUUUAAUAACACAUUCGUUACCGAAAUCGGCGACAAUUCAUUCAAAAGCUUGACGUUUGAGUGGAUAAGCAUUGAAGAGGCCAUGAGUUUGGAGAAGAUCUCGAAGAAUGCGUUCAACAAUGAGACCAAUUAUGCGACAAAAUCUAUAAGAAUUCAUUCAAAUACUAAACUCUCAAAUCCUGACAACAGUUUGUUUGAGGCGUUGAGUAAAUUUGUUAACAUUGAAGACAUCGAUCUCUCGUAUAAUAACUUACAGCAAAUACCCGCCAAUGCUUUUAAGCCAAUAAAUGGCUAUCAAACCAAACUCAAAGACAUUAUAAUUUGCGACACAACUAUUGAAGUAUUGGGCGCUAAAGCCUUUUGGUCGAUACCCGCUCUCAACUCACUUUCCGUUUACGACACGGCUAUCAGUCAUAUACCGGACGACGCGUUUGCCUUUGAAAAGCCUUCAAACAAAACUUUAUAUAUCUUUUUGAAUCUAAACAAAUCACUCAAUAGUUCCAGUUAUUCGCCAAAGAGUUUUGCGGACACUCAACGCCCGACUGAACUAGAGUUGGGACACAAAUACACUCCGAGACAAGUGGUAUAUUUGGAUGAGAAGACAUUCCGGCCAUUCCUGGAGGCAAACAAAGCCAAUAAAAUCAAUUUAGAGGGCGAAGAGUUUGAUUGCGAGGAUUGUCGUACCGGCACAAAUGGCGAGACCAAUGAGUUGUGGCUUAAGACUGGCGAAGUGAACGCCAACCAAAUGGCCGCUCAUAUUGACCACCGGUGCGCCCGAAAAGCCGGGAAACACUCGCAACUCUUAACCCCACCACUGAUGGCCACACCGUCGGCCAGAGAGUACUCGAUUCCCUUAUUGCCGACAAUAACCAGGUCUUCGCCCGGUGUCACUCCCAUCUCACCUAAGGGUACGGUCCGUAACCUUCCCGGUCUCAUCACAAACGCCGUCCGUAUGAGUCCCAAGUCGAGCACCGGAUCCACGUAUACCACUUGUGCCACUAUUGGUGGUAAAGCACCGACACUAUCGUCCGGUCGCCUCUGA